CCUGAGAAACGGACCAACAGUCGCUGACGUCGUCGUCAAUAAUCACUCCGCUGUUUAACUUCUUUUUGUUUUAGCAAACCAUCGGAGCGCGGAAGCGGAGGGAUGGAAGGAGACGCGAACCCAAGACGCUGCGCAGCCCGCGUGCAGAAAUGCUACAGGAACAUCGUGCGGGACAAAUAUCCGGCAUUGAGGCCCGCAGUUUGUGUCCUGGGUAUUUCCCUGGGCUUGAUUCUCAAGUUCAAAGUCCCUGCGGCCGCGCGGGAGGACCUCAUCCUCGUCGGCUUUCCAGGAGAGAUAGUCCUAAACUUCAUUCAGGCGAUUAGCAUCCCUUUCAUCAUUUCAACCAUAAUUACAGGUUUUUCUGCAGUUGAAACUUCCACAAAAGUAGGACGACGUGCAACAGCCUUCUUUUUGUCGACCAGUCUUCUGUCGGUUACUUCAGGGUUGAUACUGGUUAUGUUGAUCCAGCCAGGAGUCACUUAUGGUGAGACGGGAGAAGAUGCAGAGUCUUUCGCCAUUGUCGAGGACUUGUUGGAUGUAUUGUGGAACAUUUUCCCAAGUAGCCUGUUUGUCUCUUGCUUCCAACGGCACAACAGUGAGAGGAGGGAAGCAGAUAGUAAUUCUGGUCUGGAGACGAAUGCGGCGCAUUAUGUCGAAGGCACCAACACAUUGGGCCUGAUUUUCUGGUCCUUCGUCUUUGGCCAGAUCUUCCACAAUGGUGGAAAUGAAACAGAAAAAAUUAGAGGGACCUUUGCUGCCCUCAGAUUUUUCUCAAAAUCUUGGCUCCACUAUUCUCUGAGUUUCUUGCCAUUUGGAGUGCUGUUUUUGGUCUCAAGCCAGGUCAUUGAGUUUCAGGACUGGGAAAUAAUCUCCAAACUCGGAAAGUUGAUUGGAGUAGUUCAUGCUGGGCUUCUUUUCCAUGGAGCAGUAGUUUUACCGCUGAUCUACUUCUCUUUUACGAAAUGUAACCCCUGUGCUGUCCUCAGAAAGGUUUAUCCUGCCUUAUUGUCUGCAUUCCUUAACUCAUCCAGCUCUGCCACUUUGCCACUCACUUUACAACGUUGUGAAGAGGAACUGGGGGUCGAUAGAAGAAUCAGUCGCUAUAUGCUGCCAAUCGGGACCAAAAUCAACAAGAAUGGAACCGCCCUGUACGAAGUGAUCGCUGUGGUUUUCAUUGCCCAACUCAGUCACAUCCAUCCGGACACCAGCCAGUUGAUAAGCAUUUUUGUAUUAGCAGCUGUGAUAGCAGGAACAGAGGGGAUCUCAUCUACAUGGUUCUUGACAACCUUCUUUGUUUUGAGGGCGGUUGGUUUACCAGCAGAGGGCGCCGCCAUUCUUGUUGUCAUCGAUUGGCUCAUAAAGCCUUGCAACACGGUUGUUAAUGUCUUUGGAAACUGCAUCGCCGUGGCACUUAUUCACGAAGUGUCAAAAAAUGAUCUAGAAGAGAUGAUGGAGUCCGGAGAGGAAAUGGGAAGUGAUGACCAAGCGGUGCCUUCUCCUGCGAGGAUGCAUCGCAGCAAUGCUGAAGGCCUCCAUCAAGAGGACAUCGAGCUCCACAUCCUCGGUCAGGCCAGUGAUGACGCCCUCAACACGCAGCCAGAAACCCCAGCAGUGGAAUAAAGUACACAAAGGAGCUCCUCCGGGAUGAGGACCAGUCCAAAGAGGAGCGGAGAUCCUGUGCCCCCCAAACUUGAAUAAAAUGACCUCACAAAGACAUCAAUGACUU